AUGGCUGAUCGCUAUCCCUAUAAGAAAAGGGAAUGGACUCCCGAUUGUAGUGCCACCUCAAUUGAUACAUUAUGGCGCGAAAAUGCUAUAGCAUUUGCUAGCGGAUCAAACCAAUACAUUACCGGGACUGAGGGUUCGGCUGAUUUUAUUAUUGGAAAUUCUAAAGCAUAUAUUUCCAUUGAUUGGGAUAUUCCCUAUGUUGGUAGUAGUUCGUUUUCUGUUAGUCUUUCAGAUACCACAAACUACUCAAAUGAAACAAUUAGUUAUGGUUGGACCGAUAUG